CUGUUGGAGCUGUUUUUGUCAGAGCUUUUUUCUUUCCUCACCCAGUUGUGGUAGUAAAGUUCGAGGUGUCCUGGCAGCAGGACACUCCUUUGCUCCACCCUCUGCCAUGCACACCCACUCUCUGAGGACUCGCUGAGCCAGAGCUGCUGGUGACAGUGACCUGAUCUGUGCGGCUGUUCUGGUGGGAGCUGGAUGCCCAGCAUGAAGCAUUUCUGCUUUGAGCCGUGGGCAGCCUUCGUUGUGCUCUUCUUCAUCAAUGUGCUCUGGUAUUCCUACUCAGCAGCUGAAGACGUCUCCAAUGUUUCAACAAGCUCCAUGCUCACAACUGAGUACGAACCACCAUGUCUCAAUGUGAACUUCUGCACGCAAGUGGCCGUGUGCUGCCCAACAGGCAUGGAUGAUUAUGGAUGGAUUGCAGCGGCUGUUGGAUGGAGCCUCUGGUUUCUGACUCUCAUCCUGCUCUGCAUGGACAAGCUCAUGAAACUCCGGCCUGAUGAACCCAAAUAUUUGGUUGCUUGAAGCAGGGCAAUCCAGUAAGCAGCAGCACCCAGAAGUGAGGUGCAGACAGACUAACCGAGCAUUUCAAGCACUUCCUAAGAGAAAAAAAAAAGGGGAACGUACCUUCAGCCAAAAAAAGACCGGAUCUAAGUGGGGCACCUCCUGAGGCUUCAUCCUAUUUGGUAAGUCAGAGCUGCCAGCCAAGGUGUGGAGCAGGAAAGUCCCUGAAAACCACCAUGUACAGAACCACAACACACAGAAAACUGUUUUGCUGAGCUCUCAUGUUUGCUGCAAGUGUGCCAGCAGCAAUGAGAUGCUGAAGGAUCAGUUACCAGUCUAUAGCGUAUUGUCUUAAGACAACCAGUACGUAACCUUUGACUUUGAAUCAAAAUGUGGGCAAAUAAAGCUAUUUUCUGGAGGAUCAGUGUUACCAGAUCCAUUACUAAGUUAUAGGCCAGGUUACAACUGUAAACAGAUGUAACUUAUUGAUUAUACCAAAUCCUUCUCACUUGCCAAACUGCAGUAUUUUAAAGUCUAUUAAGUGAACAGUGAAAACUUUGAUAUGGGAACCUAAGGAUUUUUUUGGGCUGGUUUGAAAUUAAAACCAGUUCUUCCACCGCAGUUUGUAUGGGAACAGUUUUGCAGGAACUGAAUGUUGGUUGUAUUUAUUAAGCUUGUACCUACUCCUCUAACUAAGACAAGCUGAACCGUGGCAAGCAGUUUUAAGCCAGCAUAUCCAAUUUGUGCAUAAAUGUGCUCCUAUUUAUGCAAGAUGAUAAUAAACAUUCUUAUUGAUGGAAAGAUUCUCACUGAGU